AUGGCUCAGUCCGCCGCCGCCGCUUCGGGGCCGGACUCCUCGUCCGUCGCCGUCCAGCUCCUGGUCCGCAACAUCGACUCCCGCACCACCGUGAUGCGGGCGCAGAGGGGCGACACCUUGGAGUCGGUCCUCGACCGCCUUGGGGAGGGCGUAGCCCGCAGUGGCGAGCUGCGCGUCGUGCACGCCGGUCGGGAGCUCCCGCACGGGGCGACCAUCGGCGAGCUCGGCCUCCCGUGGGACGCCACGCUCCAUGUGUCCGCCCGGCUCCUCUCCACCCGGCACGUGGACGCGUGGGACCUCGCGUGCAAGAUCGCCGGUGCGGCCAGGCUCGCCGCGGCUGGUCAGAAAGUCUUCGUCGCGUCCCUGGAGAUGCUCGUUAGGAGGUUUCUGGAUUUCGACCGAGCCGCCAAGGUAUACCGUGGCUCCUCCGGCUCCUCGUGGGAUGUCGACGACCACCUGGACGUCUUCCUCCGCAGCGGCGCCCCUGUCUCGCUUGUCCAGCUCUACCUCUCGGAGCAGGAAGAGGCGUGCCGCGGCGAAGCCGCCCGCGCCAUCCGGUGCUUCCAGUCUGCCGUCGAGACGUGGACGGAGCCGGUGCUCCUGGAGUUCUGCUGGUCCUUCGCCGCCGGUGCGCGUCUGAGCGACCCGCUCUACACUGCCUCGCGGAGCAUGCUUGCGACGGUGCUCUCCGACCCCACGCCGGAGCGCUGGCGUGACGUGCCGCGACAGCGGGUAGCCGAGCAGCUGACUCGGCUUGCUGGGGAGGUGGCGAACGCUGUUAUUCAAGAGAUCGCUGCCCCGACGGCGGCGGCGGCGGCGUGUAACUUGGCCGAGUUCAAGGUCUUCUGGCCCGUGCUGCGCGAGCAGGUCCUCGAGCUUGGCGCCGACACGCCGCGUCGGCCGUGGAGGAGGGCGCUGACGCAGACGCUGUUGUCCCUGCUGAGGAGCGUCAACGAUUGCAUGGCCAGGUUCGAGAUGAGCUUGCCGCCGGGGGGCAAGCACGCCUCGCCGUCGAGCGCGCUGCCCAAGUGGACGGCCUCGCUGCACGGCGUCUGGGCCGUCCUGGCCGAGCUGGACGCGUGGCCGGAUCUCCGCCAGGCGAUGCGGACCACGCUGGCGGCGCACGCGACGGCGGUCACCGCGCUCGUGCUGAGCGCCGGGAGGGAGUUAUGCUGGGACAUCCGCUGGAUCACCAGGCACAGGGAUCUCCUCGAGUCCGAGGCACGGAGGCACCUGGCCAUGGCAACGCUGCCGGACCCGGAGCUCGUCGCCGGCAUCGACGCGCCGCCGCACGAGAUGCUCAUCGAUCGCGCGAGGCUGCUGUCGGACUCAUUCGCGUACAUUGCUCUUGCGACGCCUGGGGCUCUGAUUAGCGCUGCUCUGGUAGUGGCGUUCAAGCACGAGCAGGCCACCGGGCCUGGUGUGCUGAGAGAGUGGUUCUGCUUGGUGUGCCAGGGGCUGUUCAACCCUCGACUUGUUCUCUUCUCACCGUGUCCGCGUGACAGGCGAAGGUUCUUCGUGAAUCCAACAUCUGUUGUGGAUCCAUUGCACCUGCAGUACUUCAAAUUCUCAGGACGGAUGAUUGCAUUAGCCCUUAUGCAUAACAUACAUGUGGGAGUUUUAUUUGACCGGACAUUGUUCUUGCAAUUAGCUGGGAGACCUAUUACACUGGAUGACAUUGUAGACGCAGACCCAACCUUGCAUGCUAGCUUCAAGCAAAUCCUUGAAAUGGAUCCAAGUCUUGUGGAUUCGGAUGUGCUGGGUCUACGGUUCGUUCGAGAGGUUGAUGUGUUCGGGUCGAGAUCGGCGACCGAACUCUUACCAGGAGGGAAGGAUACUCCUGUUACUAGUGAGAAUCGACAUGAGUUCAUUGAUCUGCUGAUUCGAGAUACCUUCGUGAACAGCACCAGAUACCAACUUGGCUACUUCGCUGAAGGAUUCAGUAGCAUGCUUGGUGAAACGACAGUAUUUCAGACAGCGUUCUUCCAGAGUCUGGAUGUUGAAGAUUUUGACGAGAUGCUUGGCGGCAGCAAGGGCAGUAUAGAUGUGAAACAAUGGAGAGCUCAUACUCACUACCGUGGAUACGGAGAAGAUGAUCUCCAGAUCACCUGGUUCUGGAAGGCUGUGGAGAGCAUGACGGUCGAGCAGCAAAGGAGGCUGCUCUUCUUCUGGACCUCGGUGAAGUAUCUGCCGUCAGAUGGUUUCGUGGGGCUCGGUUUCAGGAUGUUCUUAUCCAGGGCCUCCAGCUCCUGCGACCACCUCCCCACCUCGCAGACCUGCUUCUACCACCUCAACCUCCCGGCUUACACUUCGCCCAGCAUGAUGCAGAACCGGCUGCAGAUGAUCGUCCAGGAACAUGUGAGCAGCGGCUUCGGCACAUCGUAG